ACUAAAUCUUUAGCCGUUCAUGUCAACGCAAUCACUACCAUCUCCUCGAAAAAAAAAAAAAACAAAACUCACAACUUCCUGCGCCAAAAAAUCAAAAACCAAAACAAUAUUCGGAAGAAAACAAAAAAAAAAAGGAAGAGAUUUUUAGGGUUCUUUCAAAAACCAGAAUAUUUUAUUUUAUCUUUACCUAUUUUGUUAAUUUCAAACCUUCUAAUUACGACAUUUUCUCCUUUUUUUAGUUUAAUUGAUUUUUUUUUUUUUUUUCCUCCAAAAAAACAUUGUCCGGGUCGUCGAGAGCAUCGGCUUCACCCUGGAAACUAUUUUCCCGAGAAAAAAAAUCAUCAUUCCCAGAAAGCAGCAGCUGCAGCAUCGAUCGUUGUUGUUUUCGAUUUUCUCCUAAUCAUGUCUUCUCGUAGCCUGUAAUUUUCGAUAGUUUGUUAUCGUUCCUUGUGAGAAUCUUUAGAUGGAAUCGAGAGAUCUAAUCCAAUGCUGCGACUGUGGAUGCCACCAUUCCUCUCCACGCUCAUCAGAGACUAAUAACAACCAAUUGUCUAAUAAUCCCAAAGUCCACAUCGAGAACGAAUGCGAAUUGCUUCGCCAAACAGUCACAUCUCAACAGCAAUCAAUCCAGGAGCUCUACGACGAGCUCGAGAAAGAGCGCAACGCCGCUUCCUCGGCCGCGGACGAGUCCAUGAACGUGAUGCAGAGGCUGCAGCGCGACAAGGCCGAGCUCCAGAUGGACCUUAGGCAGUACAAGCUUUACGCCGGGGAGAAGAUGGAGCACGACCUUCAAGAGAUUUUGGCCUUGGAGGAUAUGGUUAGUCAAAGAGAGCAGACGAUCUUGGCUCUCGAGUGCGAAGCUCAGGGCUAUAAGCAUAGGAUGAUGAGUUAUGGGAUCACUGACGAAGAAGCUAAUGGUGACAUGAGCUUCCUUGAUGAUGAUUAUGAUCAUGAGUAUCCUUCGUUGAAGUGUAAUAUAAAUGAGAAUCAAGAUCCUUUGGGGGCUGAUGUUUAUGUUGCUGAUGAUGAGAACUAUCCACCGGCGGAUUCGCCUCGUGGGAGAGUUCAUUUGAGGAGUUUGGAUCAGAGGAUCAGCCAGAUGGAGACGAAUCCUAGUUUGGAGGUGGUUGGUGAGAGUCCUAGGCGUCAACGGCAUUUUAGGAGGGCCUCAAGCUCACACUUGGGAGCAUCUAAAGAUGAUGUUUUUGUUGAAUCUGAAAGCUACAAACAUGUCUCAUAUACAGAGAAUGAUAAUAAUGCUAAAGGUGUUGGUGACUCAUUGGAUAUAGGAGAUGAGAUGAGUGAUAGAGUUUAUACUAUUGAUUCUGGCCAUCACGGCGGUGUAACUGAACAGAAGCUAGAGGCUGGCAAUGUGGAACAAGUGGAGCACGGUGAUCCUGAUAUAACGAAGCUCUACAUGAGGCUUCAGGCACUGGAGGCCGAUAGGGAGUCUAUGAAAGAAGCGCUUCUCUCUAUGAGGACUGAGAAGGCUCAGAUGGUGCUGUUGAAAGAACUCGCUCAGCAUUUGUCGAAGGAAGUUGUGCCUCAACGGAGGUUGCCUUUAAGGAAAACAUCCACUGAUGGGACAUUGACUUUUACGCCGGUCUUUAAGUGGAUCACAUCUUUUGUUUCCUGGAGAAGAAAGGCUCGUCGAAGCAAGUACAUGUAUGGGAUGUCAACAAACAGCAUGGGUCUGCAAAUGGUUCUAGAAAAGGUCCCUCGAUCACGGAAUUGGCGAUGUCUCAGGAGCACACAAGUGUGAAACAUAUAUAAUCCAUUCAAGCAAACAAAACCACUCUCAUGACUUCUAGAACGCCAAGUCAAUUACUGUUGAACUUAAUUUCGAAAAGUGUUACGGAGAGGUAAAAUUUGUGUCUUUCUCCGGCGCGACCUGAGAUCUUGUUCACAGGUUGUGGAGAAAAUGUUUGCCCUGUGCGGUUUGUUUUAUUUUUUCAUUCUGGUCCCCAACAUUUUAACUGUUUGUAUAAAGAAUGGGGUUGAAGAGUGAUUUAUUACUGAGAGGCUAUACAAUCUUUGUAUGGUUUUGUUUUCUUGUUCUUUUCACGAACACAUGCUGCAUGUGUUACCUUUCAAUUGCGUCGCCAGACUGACAA